UACAUUGGUGGCAGUAAUUUGGGAUAUUUAGAUCUGAUCAGUUCCAUAAUGAAAGAUUAUCAAAGUAUUUGCAUCUAAAACCGUGAGCUUAUAAUCGUGUGCUAGAGAAGGGAUUGGCCCUUGAAGUGCUGAAGUUGUUCUUUCUUUUCAAUUUACAGUUACCAAAUAUUUAGGCUCAUAUCACCACCCCAUCCCCAUAUUAGAUCAGCCAAUGUUUAACAAUAAAAAAGAGAUAAGUUUCAAGGGCGGGCAGUUCCACAAAAGUCCAUUGGAUUGGAAAUAGGAUACAGUGUAUUAUAUAUUAUUUCUCUUUUAUUUUUUUUCGUACUUUUGUUGUUGAUUGGAAGCUAUAUUUUUUCUUUCUUUCUUUAGUUCUACGAAUUUGUAAUGAGAACCAGUUGUGUGGAUUUCUUGCGUAAAGGAGUUGCACCAAACUAUUUUGAAGUUUGAUUCGUACAAUAAGAGGAUAGAAGAGAAUCAAGAGAAGAUUAUGCUUAAUAAGCAGGUGCCCUACUUGGUCGGCAACAUUGUUGAGAAAGACUAUGGUGGAGAAGAAGGGCGAUUCUAAACUUGAAUGCGAGGCAAAAUAAAUUAAACGAGAAGAAGUGUAGAAUCUCGUUCAAGUCAUGAGAAGGCCAUACCAAUUCAAGGAAAUCCAUAUUUUGGAAAUGAAUCCAGAGGACGAGGCUGAGGAAGAUGGUGCGAAUAUUGAUCUUGACUCACAAAGGAAGGGAAAAUGUGUUGUGCUGAAAACAUCUACUCGCCAGACUAUCUUUCUUCCUGUUGUUGGACUUGUCGACCCUGAUAAAUUAAAGCCUGGUGAUUUGGUCGGGGUGAACAAAGAUAGUUACUUGAUCUUGGAUACACUGCCAUCCGAGUAUGAUUCUCAAGUAAAGGCUAUGGAGGUUGAUGAAAAACCAACUGAAGAUUACAAUGACAUUGGAGGACUGGAGAAACAGAUCCAAGAAUUGGUUGAGGCCAUUGUUUUGCCCAUGACACACAAAGAGCGAUUUCAGAAAUUAGGAAUUCGUCCACCAAAGGGAGUGCUCUUGUAUGGACCUCCUGGAACUGGGAAGACUUUAAUGGCUCGUGCUUGUGCAGCACAAACAAAUGCCACUUUUCUUAAGUUGGCAGGCCCAGAACUUGUCCAGAUGUUCAUUGGAGAAGGAGCAAAACUUGUUCGUGAUGCCUUUCAGCUAGCAAAAGAGAAGUCUCCCUGCAUCAUUUUUAUAGAUGAAAUUGAUGCCAUUGGCACAAAACGGUUUGAUAGUGAAGUGAGUGGUGAUAGGGAGGUGCAGCGGACAAUGUUAGAAUUGCUCGAUCAGCUCGAUGGCUUUAAUAGCGAUGACCGGAUUAAGGUGAUUGCAGCAACAAAUCGUGCUGACAUCUUGGAUCCGGCCCUUAUGCGAUCUGGUCGAUUAGAUCGUAAAAUUGAGUUUCCACAUCCCAGUGAAGAAGCAAGAGCUCAUAUCUUGCAGAUCCACUCGAGGAAGAUGAGCAUUCAUCGAGAUGUAAAUUUUGAAGAACUGGCUCGGUCUACUGAUGAUUUCAAUGGGGCACAGCUAAAAGCUGUUUCUGUGGAGGCAGGCAUGCUAGCCCUUCGCCGCGAUGCAACUGAGGUGAACCAUGAAGACUUCAAUGAAGGUAUCAUUCAGGUUCAGGCAAAAAAGAAAGCAAGCUUGAAUUACUAUGCAUAGACUGGAAAGUGGGAGGAUUUUGUUCAAGUUCAUCUUUCAUUACCCAUAUAUCACGCUCAUCACAUGUUCAGUUACGUGAGCACGUAACAAUUGGAACUAGGGUUAGCUAUUUUUGAGUUCACCCUGGAGGACAAGGGCUUUUAAUGGAAGAAGGAUUGUUACGGACCCACGUGGAUGUGAGAAGCUACAAACCUAAGGAAUGUAAAGAUAAGAAGGAAACAAGGUUGUAAAUGCGGAUGCGGUUUUUGGUAAUAAAUGUAUUUGUAUCUGCAUUAUGCGGUUAUCACUUUUAAUUAACCGCAUUCGCGUGUGAUUAUAAACCGCUAUCUGCA